CUCAGGCCUCGGAGCCCCAGGCCCAGUCGCCCGAGGUGAUUAGUGGCCCACAUUUAUCAGUUUUCAGACCCUCGGCUACCAGAUAACGCGCUUCGCGAAAUGAGUAAACUCAGUGCCCGCCAUUGACAUACCUCUACCGUUAAUCAGUCCUCCACAUAGCUCCGAGUCGCUUCAACCUACUGUGACCAGUUACGUUCUACUCUAAGUCGAUCUGGUUGCCCAGGUUCUGCAGAAGCCGUGGACACCAACUCCUUCCCAUACGUGCCAUGGAGGAUUACUCAUACGCCUACAUCUCCGAGCCAGUGGAGUUCAGGCAGCUGGAGGGGAAGGCCAUUGACUUCCGCAAGACAUUCGAUGUGCGGGGUCAAGGCGUCGACGAAAUGCUCCAGUUGUACCUGCGGAAAGCCAACUUAUCCGACGACCUGAGUCGUCUGCCGACUCUGAUGCGACGCGCCUACGUCUAUGACAUAAUACGGAGCAAUAAGGGGCCUGGUUACUGGGUGCCUCCUUCUAUGCAAGUGAGCCGCGACGUGUUUGCUCAUCCACCGCCAGCAGUCCGUCCGCCGCCUGUCUACGCCGACAACGCCAGUAUCGACAUGAGUUUCAGCGGCAUGAAGAACUCCUCCUCCUCGAACAGUCUGGACAGAUAUACAGGGGCUCCUCCAGCGGUGGCUCUGGCUGGUCCCAGUUUCCCAACGAGCGUGGUAGUCAGCAGCAAGGGCUCCAAGUACGAGAUCAGUGGACCCACAAAUUUUCAGCACGUUGCCGGCGAUGUGACUCGGGAUAGGACACGCAACGCCUUCGAUCUGAGUGCCGAGACGAACGAUAAUGUUUUGAGGAAGUACAUGAUCGAGCGUGGAAUCACGGAAGCGGAUAUCAGUGAAAUGCGACGUCAGGAUGUCAUACAAAAAAUUGUCCACUCCAAUUACACGUGGAUGCCCAAAAAAGGUGAUCUGCAAAACAAGCCGAAGGGCCAGGAGCCCACAAGGCCACUGUUGUAUGCCACCAUCUCCACCAAUAAUCAGAUCACUCCUCCACCUUCGCCUCCACCCGUUGCAUUUACGACUCCGGCACCAGCUACAAGUUUUGCAAAUUAUGCAGCUCUUACAUCCCGGUUUGUGGAUAUCUCGGACAUGGACAUGCCGGUGCCAGCGCCUAGCCGGCAACAGGAGGUGGGCUCUGUGAUUCCCGUGCAGGUGCAGCCAUCAAAUAAGCCGAAGGUGCCUCCGCCUCCUUCAACAGUCAUGGCCAACAACUCACACGGCGGCUAUCCAGCGGCCAUUGAUAUUCGCCAUGUCCGACCUGCUGCGAGUCCUGUGAAGCCAUCCACCGAGACAUAUGCCACCAUAUCACCACAGAGAAAAGCGGGAACCAUGCGUAUUCCACCGCCGGCUCCACCAAAACCGACCAUUGGGCCCAGUACAAACGCCACUGCAUCCUCUUCGGUCCAAUAUGCACUAAUCGGCAGGCAGCAGCCGCCCUCCAACACAUACUCCACUGCUUCCAUGGCAUCCGUAUCGUCUGUGCAGUAUGGAUCAGCCAAGCCUCCGCCGCCAGCUCCUCCGGCUAAGCCGCGGUCCCCAGCUCAUUGUCAACCACCUGCAGCUGCAUCUUACGUGCCACCUCCUCCACCCAUGCAGGUACAGAGCACCAAAACUCAUGUUCCGGUUCCGCCACCACCGCCUCCAGCUUCUGCAGGAGGAAUUCCUCCUCCACCACCGCCCAUGCCAGUUUCUACUUCCGCCACCACCGGAGGAGGUCCACCCCCGCCACCACCUCCUCCAUCCGCAGGUGGACCCCCAGCGCCACCACCAAUGCAAAAGUCUGUGCCCAAAGUGGCUCCGGCUGCUGCCGAUGACAGGGGGGCCUUACUGGAAAGCAUACGCAAGGGCGUAGCUCUUAAGAAAGUGGACCAAAAAGCAGCCACUAUUAGCGGCAUAAAACCAAGAGCUGAGCGCAAGCCGCCGGCAAACGACUUUUUAAGCGAACUUAAGCUAGGCAUAACCCUAAGAAGGGUAAAAAAUCCGGCAGAUAACCCAUUUUCCGAAGAGUCGCAAGCUUGAAUUGGCAGUUGAGCUUUUGACUGCACGUGGCAGCUCUGGGCACCCUACAGGGUUGCCAGACUGAAAUUGAAAUUAGUGGUUGGCGAUAAAUUUAAAUACUAUUAUUAAUCACCAUGACAAGUGCAUACAUUUAUAGCUUUGUAAAUAAACUUGUUUUGAAAAGA